UCAGGAUUAAAGGACGGAGGAAUUCUCUACAGCGUUGCACUGGAAGUUGCUGCACUGAAACCACUUCGCUCUCCUGGUCUACACCAGCGGGUGACUGGCGCAUGCGCGCAGGCUGCCAACGGCUUGGAACGCCCCUCACGGCGUUACGGCAGCGCUGACCGGCCGAGCGGCCUUCGUGGCUCUGGGUCUAGUCCCGGCUGGAGGCAAAAGCAACGCACUCAGGAUCCCGACUCGAGUGGCCGUGUCACGUCCGGACGCACAGAUCAUGAGUGGCUGGCAGUGGAGCCGCGCGUUUAGCUUCGUCCUGUUGACAGGUUUUGCCUGGUGGAACCAGUCAGCUGCUGAUAUGAAUUCUACCAGCGCAAUGCAUGGAGAAAAGUAUUUAUGUGGAGAAGGGCAGCAGGAAAAUUGCACAGAUUCUCUUGCAGAAACUUCCCGGUCAGGGCACUUCGGCAAGUGUCCAGAAUGGUUGCAGGGCUACUGUAUCCAAGGUCAAUGUCGCUUCGUGUUGGUAGUACAGGAGCCUUCCUGUUUAUGUUAUCCUGGCUACGUUGGAUCUCGGUGUCAACUCGUAGACGUGCUCUAUCUGAUGGAAGAGCGCGACCAAUUCAUCAUCAUGGGUCUGGUUCUGGCGAUGGUGGUGCUCAUAAUACUGAUAAUUAUCAUCUGUAUUUGUGUGCAUUGUUAUCGCAGGAAGUAUAAUGGAAGGAAGAAGUUGGAAGUGUGUAGCGGAGCUACAAACCCACAACCAGUUGAGGAGAGAAAUGUACAAGGUGAAAAUGAAGAUACAGUAGUGACCACGCUUGCCUGAGGUCAUACCAGAGGUGCUUGCAGGUCAGAUGUUCUUCCAGAGAUGUGAUAUAUGGCAAGAUCACUGCCAAGAUUAGGGUGGAUCCUGGCAGCCUGACCUAUUCAGGGGCAUUUUCAGAUUUGAAGAGGUACAGAUUAAAUUUGGUGAUAAAGGGAAGAUUCUGUCACUGCUCUGCCGAGGGUGAAACGAGAAUUACUUGCGGUUUUCCAUAUUUGUACUUCACCAUAUUUGGAAAUGACAUCACAAACUCUGGAAGGAUGUCAAUGCAAGAAGUUGACACCUAGAGCUCAGGAAAAGAUCAAGCGGUUUGUCCAUGAUGUUAGACACACCCCAGGUUGAUCUGGAAGUCUUUCCGAUUGAACAGACAAGCUUUUGUUCUCAAUAGUACCACACCUGUAACUAAAGCCAAAAUUUGUGUUACUUAAAGAUUCUGAAACACAGGAUGAAUUGAAGUAUUUAUAUUUGCUAAUUUUAAAGAAGGUAAUUUUAAAGAAAAGUACUGAUUCGUGAUGGUCACUUGAUUUUUUUUGCUCUGACACUGCAUUUGGCAUUUGUAUACUGAUAAAUGUGAAAUGGUUGUGGAGAGAAAAAGUUUAGAAACCAUGUCAUUUUCAUAUAUUAAGGGAACAAAAAUAUAGAGAUUAAAUACUGAUGAAUGUAUUACAUUUGGAAUCUCUGGUCCAUACCUACACUGCUGGAACUCUGUAUUGAAGCAAUCCAUGGAUUUUGUGCCAGCAUGACAAGGAAGGAAAUUUACUAUUU